AUGCCGCCCGUUCCCAACCCCGUCACAGCCCAGGAGCUGGAAAUUCUCUCCACCAAGGCCAUUGCGGCCAAAGAGCUCGCCUACUGCGAAUAUUCCAAAUUCCGUGUCGGAGCUUGUAUCCUUACGACGUCGGGGGAAUUCAUCGUUGGCGCCAACGUUGAAAACGUCUCGUACCCCGUCGGGACGUGCGCAGAGCGUGUCGCCUUCGGUACGGCCAUCGUCGCGGGCCACCGCGACUUCAAGGCCAUCGCGGUCGCUACGGAUAUCAAGCCUGGAGCGUCGCCCUGUGGAAUGUGCAGACAAUUUAUGCGCGAAUUCACCACGCCUUCGUUCCCCGUCUACAUGUAUGACGGCGACGGCAAACACACCGUAAUGACGAUGGGCGAGCUUCUGCCGAAUUCAUUUGGACCGAACGAUUUGCCUCGGUGA